GGACUCUGCGGUGAAUUGCGAAUGCGCUCUUUUGGUGACGACUCUAUGAAUUAUUAUUCGUAAUAUUGUAAUUAGUGGCAAGAAGGACAAAAGAACCCCACAUAAACUGAUCCUUAUUUCCUUGUUCCCGUCACAAAUGACAACCCCCUGCUGCUGGCAGUGAUUACCCAUAUAAUAACUAUAAAAAGAUCAAGUUUUGCCACGAGUUUUAAAGAAUAAAUGAAAUAUUUCUCAAAAUACAGUGUUUGCAUCUUUCUUCGAAAACAACGUAGCAUUUGGUUUCCACAUUUCAUUUAUUUCGAAUAAUAUUUCUGAUAUAACGUUGCAGAAAAAUAAACAAUUUUGUACAAUUGAUUCAAGGAAUUCGCACAAAAGGUCUGAUCAACGCGCGUGGCAAUAUCUCCAAAAAAAUCAUUCCACUAAAACAAAAUAAGUAAUCAAUAAAAAAAAACUUAAAAGCUGGACUGGUGAGUUACCUCCUCCACAUAUUGUUGAGUAGCAAACCGUGAAUCUCAAAGCUAACUAACAAUGUCUGUACAAAGUGUAGCUCUAACAUCUCUAGCAGUUGCCUAUUCCGACUCGGAAGCUGAGGAUGAUGUUGAUGUCGAUGAUGAGGCUAAUACAGUACCAUCCCAGGCGGCUGCCCCCCAUAAUAAUCAGGUUGGUCAGCCCCAGGGUAUCGUCAGUCCCAUAUUUGCAAAUUCAGCCUCAAAUUCCCCCACAAUUCCACAGACAAAUAGUUUAACAGCUCCUGUAGUAAAUGCUACACUGAAAAAUGUGCAGCAAUUAGUGUCAUAUGAUCCUGAUGAUUCAUUUGUUCAUCACGAGGAAGUGACUGUAAUUCCAGAUGAAAAUUUCCCAAAUACAGAAAAAAAAAUCCAGUUAUUGUCUCAUGAUGAGUCGAUGCUCGAUGAUCUCAUACCACCUGAGCCAGAGGGCAAGUAUCCACCAGAAUUACAGGAAAAAAUAGCAGCUUUCCACAUUAAAAUGGAAACUGAUGGAUUGGACUUGAAUGGCGUAAUAGAGAACAGGAAGGACUUCAAAAACCCAUCAAUUUACUCGAAACUUGUUUCAUUUUGUGAAAUUAAUGAAUUAGGUACGAAUUAUUCCCUCGACUACUUUGAUCCAUUCAAGUGGGGACAGGAGUCUUACUACGAGGAGUUGGGGAAGACCCAGGAUGCUUGUAUGGAGAAGCUCUCCAAGAAAUCCAAGGCGAAGGCUGACGGGACCACUAGUGCAACUAAACGACCGGUUGGUCCUGCUGGUGAUGACAGCAGGAGGAAAAUUGGAAAGUGGGAUCAGGUGACUACUGUCAAUACUCCGACGAAGUCCAACAUUGUCACGAGUUCAGCUAUGAAUGAUAAGAAAUGCAAAGUUAUUGUCGCUUUUGGAGCUGUGCGCAAAAGACGAUUGUAAGAUACUUUAGGAAAUUUCAAUUAGAUGAAUUUUUGUACUAUAAGUGAUGAAAAAGUUAUUUUUUCUUUUGGAACUGUACAGGAAAAUGAAUGUAAGAUAUUGUAAGACGUUUAAAGUGAUGAACUCUAGUACAACGAAAAUACCUCUGUAAAUAUGGAAAUAUAUUUUAAUAUUGCGAUAAAUAUAAUUUUUCUCUCCCAAUAAAUUUAAUACUGAAAUGAA